UUCUUCCGGUUAGCUUUUGACCUCGGAAACAGUUCACAGCGUAUGUUGCGAUGUCCACCAGCCCACGGCGUCGCUUGAAAUCAAUACCAAGGUUUCCGCGAAUUAAGUCAGUGGAUGAAACAAUAGUUUAGUAACAGUAGAUUGUUCAGCGGCAGAUAUGGAGCGUCUAAAAGUGUCGGCACCGUCGUUACGAGUCUGAAGUAGGUAGUGGAUAGCUGAGCUAGCUGUAGCGGACUAGCUAACGUUAGCCAAACAGCAAACCUGCAACAACAGUGCAUUCACGACGGUCCCAGCCAUGGAUGUCAGCAUUGCCGUGUCGUUGAUCAGAGGGCAGAUGGGCACCGUGGUUGAGCGGGCAGUAAACGGAGCAGUGGAAACCGUGUUGGCCGAGAUGCUCAAAGUGGUCGGCGUUAAAUUUGAGGAGCUAAAAUCCCAAGUGGUGGUGUUAAAGAGGGACAUCUCAACACUUCAGAGGGAGAAGGCCUUAAAGGAGAAGGAGAAUGACAAUAUUCGAGCGAAGCUACGCUACACUGAGCUAAAGCUGAAGUACUACAGGCAGGGGGUGGAAGAGGAGCUGCAGCAGAGGGCGUCUGCUGCAGCUCUGGUGCGCAUCCACCCACCUUCAUUACUUCAAACACAGAAAGGUGGUGCAGCUGUUUCCCCUACUGGUGCCACAGCAUCACGCUUGCCUCAGCCGAGGACCACUGAAAUAGCAGUAAGACGUAAUCAAGAAUGCAGCUCUUCACAAAGCACGAGCUGUCACGCAGUCCGGGCGCCUUUAGAGAAUCAGGGAGUUGCCACGGCUGACUCUUCUAACCUGCAGCUGCCUGUUUCACUUCCUGUCAUCACACCUGCAGACGCUCUGGACAGCAGCACAGUGUUGUUCAGUCCCACGGAGCCAGACGCAACAAAAAGUAAGGCUGAUCAAGACGACUGUGAGUGGACUAUCACUCUGCACCCGCACACAGAAUGCGUGGACCCGGUUAUGGUUCCUCCUCCUGCUGAGACUUUAGGGCAGCCACCUGUAGCUGGUUCUGUAUUCCUAGAUGGUUCCACCCAGGCUGAUAGCUCCACACUGCCUCCCACCACUACACAGGUGAAGCAGGAAGCCCAGCAGCCUCAGGAAGAGGAGGAAGUGAUCUGUAUCAAGGAGGAGCCUGAGGAGGAGCAGGAAGUGACCGCCACCUUGCUGCUGGACUGCCAGGAGGAGCAGGAUCAUCUUGCAGAGUCAGAGGCUGAAAUGCAGACAGCAACCCACUGGUCAGGACUUCCAGCAAACCACACAAAUCACACUACAGUCAUGAGCUCAGCCGAACAAAACACCUAUCCACUUCAUCAGAUGGUGACCUCCAUCCCGUCCAUGGUGGCCUUGCAGCCUGGCAUCCCACCUCGCCAGGCGGUACGACCCUGGACUAAAGACCUCAGCCUUUAUGAAGAAUACAAACUGCGCAGGAAUGAGCUCCGGCGCCGUAACCUCAGCAGACGCAGAGAGCUGGAGAAAUCUUUGCCUCAGCCACUACUCGCAGACCUGGUGCGAGAACGCAGAGAGAAGACCAGACUAAGGGUGGCCCGAUGGAGGGCAAAGAGGAAACUCCAGGCGUGUCUGAACCAGGCUCAGGCCCAAGGAGUCGCUGCAGAUGUCUCUGUUUCUCCAACUGGUUUUCCCAUCAGCAGCCAACACGAAGGAGUUCGACUGCCUUAUGCCUCCACCUCCAGUACUCAGCCAGGCUCUGCUCGCCUCAACAGCAUGUCUGCAGCAAACAUCUCUGCCACGCUCCCAUUUAAAGCCUCCACCCCCUCCUCUAAUCUGCUCCACCGAGGCACCAACAUGUCUGCGCAUGAGCACACAGUGACAUCAUCCUCUCCGUACCCCCAGGUCAGCCUGUUGCAGCAGAGCAUUUCUCUGGUGGACACACACAUCUUACCGUGAGGUGUUUAGAAUUGGUGCUGAGUAGUAAAGGGUCAUUAUUUUAUCCCUGAUGUUCAGGUGGAUUCAUAGCUCACCUGCUGACUGUAAGUGAACUUGUUUAUUUUAUUAUCCAUUUUCCUAAAGCAUCCAAAUAAUUGUAAGAACCUCCAUUUGGCUACAGAAUCACAAAAAUAGACGUUUUUUUUAAUCAACUGAUUUACUGAGCACAGAGGACAAUAGAUCUUCAAGUCACAACGUCAGCACCUUGAAUUUGUGCAUUUACUGUAAUUGUACAAUCAACACUGUAAACUCAAUGUAGCUUCAAAAACAUUCAACGCACAUAGUUAUGCCUUCAAAACAGUGACCUUAGCCUUUAAUUUGCAUUUCGAUACAAUAUGUUAAUGUAUUUCAAAUGAAAAUGUACAUUGAAUUUCUCACUGUCUUUCGUACAGUUCAUGUGAUGUGACAAUGUAGUGAUUGUUUGUUUGUAGGGAGACAAACCCAGCUUAGCCUGAAGACACAAACAUUUGGCAUUACAGUGUUAGCUCUGGGAAGCUAACCGCGCAUACGUCCUCUUCCUACUGACUGUGCAGUAACUGUAAAUCAGCUGCUGAGCUCAGACUGCUGGAGUCUCUGACCUUAGGUUAGUGGAGCAUUUUUUUUACAUUGUUCUGCAUAUACUUUAGUUUCUCACUUUGUUUAAUGGUGCAACAACAGAAUCUCUUUGUAGCUAGUUUGAAGAGGACGGUUGUUUCAGUGCUUAACAACAUAGGUGCAUGUGAGUAUUAAAACUUUAACUAAUAAUAAACAAAUGUGUUACCAUG